AGUAAGGUGCAUCACGCUGCACUCGUGGAAAGCGCAUUUUCCGUCGCAUUCGGCCCGGAGCUACAUUCGUUGCGUUCGCACGCUUUUGACGCGCUUUUUGCCCAACCUGCGUAUGUCUAGUGCUUUCCAAUACAUUGUUGUAGGCCAACAAUAGAUACAAGAUUAUGGAUUGUCGAGUUGUGUUCUUAUUUUGUCUGGUGGCGCUUCUGUUGGCUAUCGCUGAAUGCCGGACAAAAAAAGUGGUCAUUCACGUGCCGUACAAAGUGAAGAAGAUAAAGCAUACGCACACAGUAUACAAGACCAUUCAUCAUCACCACACGCACCACGAUCCGCAUCUUGACCACGCGCUGUCGCCCUCGGAGGAGCAUGAGCAUUUCCACCACAUGCACAUUCACGAGGAGCCGCCAGUGGGUCAACACAGCCAGCCUGUGCCUGGCAUUAGCAUUCCUGAGUUCUUGCCUGACGUCCCCUUGGACGUCCCGUUGGACCUCCCAGAUAUCCCUCGUGAGCUGCCAGUGCUACCGAACCGGCAUGUGAUUCCUCUCUACAGACGCACAUAGAUCGUAGAGAGAAUAUCAGUGAACGUAGUCGAAA